AUGAAACACUGUGGUUUGGUCACGGCUUGGCUCGCCUACGAGGAAUUCAUCAUUAGUGAACCGAUUCCCGGUGAUUUACUCGAAUUCUCUCGAAACCUUUAUCAGCAUUGGGCAGUGUAUGUGGGCGGUGGUGAAGUCAUUCAUUUCUCUGGCGAACCGCAGAAUAAGAAAAACGCCAAGAUCUGCAGAGACAAGUUGUCAGAAGUGGCCGGGAAAUCACAGCUUCGAAUUAAUAACGAGUUCGAUAAAAAACAUCGACCACACUCGGAAGAUGAAAUAGUUCGACGGGCCGAGAGCCAAAUCGGUGAAAUGCUCGGUAACUAUAAUGUGAUUUCCGAUAAUUGCGAGUGUUUUGCGAAAUGGUGCAGAAAUGGAAUGUACCUUUCUGAACAGAAAAACGCUUCACAUUUGGAUUAUGCUAUUAAUGCAGUGGGUGUUGCUACUUGUAAA